CGGACAUCAAAUUCCUCGUCACUUGGUAAAGCCAAACUAGGUCGCUAUUAGUGUCUUGGUGAUGACAGUUUGCUCAAUCCUAUCGCGUACUGUUCUAGAGCUAGCUUUGACCCUCGUCACUAUAAAAUUUUUGUCCCCUUCUCUUCAUUUUUCUUUCAGAAAAAAAGAUCUUGGAAGUUGAGUUUUGCCACUGAGAUUUGAGCAUGGGUAAUGCUUCUUCAAUGUUGACUCAAUAUGAUAUUGAGGAUGUCCAAGACCAUUGCAACCAUCUAUUUUCACAGCAGGAAAUUGUGUCAUUGUAUCAGAGGUUCUGCCAACUUGAUCGGAAUUCAAAGGGUUUUAUAUCAGCUGAUGAGUUUAUGUCUGUGCCCGAAUUCGCGAUGAAUCCACUCUCUCAGAGAUUGCUUAAGAUGGUGGACGGCUUGAAUUUCAAGGACUUCGUGGCAUUUUUAUCAACUUUCAGUGCUAAAGCGAGCACGGCACAGAAAAUUGAACUUAUCUUCAAAGUAUACGAUUCUGAUUGCAACGGCAAGGUAACCUUUGAUGACAUAAUGGAAGUGCUUCGGGAUUUAACUGGAUCAUUCAUUUCAGACAAGCAAAGAGAGGUACUUUACAUCUUUCUCCUUCCCACUUUCUCCUUUUCAUAUAGAUUUUUAUUCACAUAAAAAACAUUAAAAGAG